GAGACCUCUGCUCCGUAAAACUUCAGUAGAGACUCCAUGCAGAUUUCCUGCGUCUGGUUGAGAGGAAGACAGAUUAAUUUAAAAGAAGCAAACCCAAUUCUGCUGACCUGAGCGCCACAAGUGACGGAGCUCCACUGUGGAUUUUAGCGUCACAGCCGCUGAGCGAGCUUCCGUUUGGUUGUUAAAGCAUUCAGGCUGAAGCAGCUCAGACUGCCUGCCUGCAUCUCUCGUCGAGCAGUCUGGAGACAGGCAGGCGUUGGAAUGAACAGGUCCAGUAGGAAUAGAAAAGUUCCCCAGCCUCCAGAAACCAGGUUAACCCGCAGCUCCAGAUCCCAGACCAGGCAUCCAGAACCUGCAGAACCCCAGGACUCAUGGCAGGGUCCGUAUGGAAAGCAACGGAGGAAGCAGCCUGACUCGGCUCUCGCUCAGGACCUCAGCCUGAUGAGUGUGAGCAGACCGGACUCUACAAGUAAAGGAACGAUGUCCGCAGCUGGCAGUGUUCCCAUGCAGGGCUGUCCGUCCUCUGAGUCCACAUCUGAUCAGAUCGUUCCAUCUUCAUUCCCGGUGAAGUCCUCUUCCCGGAGCGGCCUGUUGUCGGUGGCUCGGCUUGUGAAACUGGGCCGCUGUAAGAACAUACUGGUGGUGGUAGGAGCAGGAAUCAGCACACCCAGCGGCAUCCCAGACUUCCGGACUCCAGGAACAGGUCUCUACGCCAACCUGGAGAAGUACAACAUCCCUUACCCUGAGGCCAUUUUCAACAUCGACUACUUCUCCAACGACCCCCAGCCUUUCUUCUCCCUGGCCAAGGCUCUGUAUCCUGGCUGCCACCGUCCCAACUACAUCCACUACUUCAUCCGCAUGCUCCACCACAAAGGUCUGCUGCUCCGCCUGUACACGCAGAACAUCGAUGGGCUGGAAAAAGUGUGCGGCAUCCCCGAAGACAAACUCGUGGAGGCCCACGGUAGUUUUGCCACAGCGUCCUGCCACCUGUGUUACACGCCGUAUCCUGCUGAAGAGGCUAAAGUUGCUAUAAUGACUGACAACAUCCCCACCUGCUCCUUCUGCGCCGCUACUGUCAAACCAGAUGUUGUGUUUUUUGGAGAAGACCUCCCACAGAAAUAUUUUCUCCACACGAAAGACUUCCCCAAAGCGGACCUUCUCAUCAUUAUGGGGACUUCUUUAAAGAUCGAGCCUUUUGCUAGCCUGGUGAAUACGGUGCGCUCCACUGUGCCGCGCCUGCUCCUGAACCGUCAUGCUGUGGGCCCCUUUGAGAGGGUCCCGCUGCGGAGAGGAGACCACAUGGAGCUGGGGGAUCUGGCAGACUCGGUCAGGAGGUUCGCAGAGAUCCUUGGCUGGAGCGGUGAAAUCGAAGAAAUGAUAAGGUCUCAGGAUAAGUUGUCCUUUCUGCAGGGCAUUCCUCCUGUGGUAACCAAUGGACCAUCUUCAUCAGAGACAGAAGACGUGAAGACAUCCAGACCAGGAGCUGAAGGAAGCUGCAGCGAGGACAACGACUCAGAAACGGACAGCAAAAGCUCUGCGUCUUCAAGAGCAAGCAAAUAACUCCUCAGCCUACAAUACAACAAAGGUUCAGGAGAAACUAAUUUCAGCUGCUCUGUAAAUAUGCAGCUUGCUUUGCUUCACAUCUUUCAUAGUCAAUGUGAAGUGUUUAUUUUGUUUAUAUGUAGAUAUAAGGUGGUUGAUCUAGUUUCCAUCCAGAAGACUAGUAAAUAUUCCCCAAAGUGAUUUUAUAUCUGAGGCUAAUAAAGUUGUUUUAUCUCAAUCAUUCACUGGUCAGUAUUUAAUAAAUGUUUCUCUUUGCAAAGAA